CCUGGGGGCCGCAGCCGGCGGCCGAGCGCCCAGGGCCGGCGGCGGCCGGGUCAUGUAGACGAGCAGAUUUAAUGUGAAGAUGGGACUGUUGGUGUUUAUGCGUAACCUGCUGCUAGCCCUCUGCCUCUUUCUGGUACUGGGAUUUCUGUACUAUUCUGCUUGGAAGUUGCACCUUCUCAGAUGGGAGGAUUCAAAUUCAGUGGUUCUUUCCUUUGACUCCGUUGGACAUACAAUAGGCUCAGGAAGGAGAGAGAGAAAAACUGUGGCUAUUGUGCUUCCGCUGUCCAUCCCAUCUCACCUUGCUGCAGACCCAGGAAAAGACAGAGCCCAGAAAGAACCCACAGAAACAAUGGCAGCUCCAGGCCCAGCCAUUCCUAAAUAUGACAAACUGGGCUUUCUCCUGAACCUGGACUCAAAAUUGCCUCCAGAAUUGGCAUCAAAGUAUGCAAAUUUCUCUGAGGGAGUGUGCAAGCCUGGUUAUGCAUCAGCGCUCAUGACUGUCAUCUUCCCAAAGUUCUCGAAGCCGGCUCCAAUGUUCCUGGAUGAUUCCUUCAGGAAAUGGGCACGUAUCAGGGACUUUGUACCCCCAUUUGGAAUUAAAGGACAAGAUAAUCUGAUCAAAGCCAUCCUGUCAGCAACCAAAGAUUACCGUCUAACUCCAGCUCUUGACAGUCUCAGCUGCCGGCGAUGUAUUAUUGUGGGAAAUGGUGGAGUACUUGCAAAUAAGUCAUUGGGGUUAAAAAUUGAUGACUAUGAUGUUGUUGUCAGGUUGAACUCGGCUCCAGUGAAGGGCUUUGAAAAAGAUGUGGGUGGCAAGACAACUCUCCGGAUCACAUAUCCUGAAGGUGCAAUCCAGAAAAUGGAGCAGUAUGAGAAGGAUUCCCUGUUUGUUCUGGCGGGAUUCAAAUGGCAGGAUUUCAAGUGGCUGAAAUACAUUGUUUACAAGGAGAAAGUGAGUGCCUCUGAUGGCUUUUGGAAGUCAGUGGCAACCCGUGUCCCAAGAGAACCUCAUGAGAUACGUAUUCUGAAUCCCUACUUCAUCCAGGAGGCAGCUUUCAGCUUCAUCGGACUGCCUUUCAACAACGGCCUGAUGGGCAGAGGGAACAUCCCCACCUUGGGAAGCGUAGCAAUAACCAUGGCGCUCCACAACUGUGAUGAGGUGGCGGUAGCUGGGUUUGGCUAUGACAUGAGUUCACCCAAUGCACCGCUGCACUACUAUGAGAACAUCAAGAUGUCUGCCAUCAAAGAGUCCUGGACGCACAACAUCCAGCGGGAGAAGGAGUUCCUGCGGAAGCUGGUGAAAGCCCGAGUCAUCACUGACCUAACCAGUGGGAUUUGAGUGGCUGCAGCCACUGCCUCCAAGGGAGGAGACGAAGACACACGCUGCAGCUCUGGGAGCAGGCACUGGCAGCCCCCUGCAAGAAUCCCACCUCACUGAAGACACACAGAGAUGCCCAGGUGCUCUGGGAAGACCCUCUCGCAUUGCCAGUCUGCACGAGGGUUGCAUCUGCUGCCUCCAGGCCUGGAGCUGGCAGAAGGUGGGCAAGGGGCUGAGUGGGCAGUUCUUGAACUCUGCAUCGCAGACAGAUCUUCUGUGUCCUGAAUUAAACAGGAAAGACUCAGGAGAGAGAAGAAAGGUUUGUGAAUAAAACGAUUUGUGCCAAAUGGGAGGUGAUGCUGCCCCAACGCAGCAAUGCCUGAAUGUACAAAGUAUUAUUUUUUAAAAGAAACUCUGCUGGAAUCAUACUAGAAAUACCAAGGUGCAAGGCAAAGUCUGCUUGUGCACAGCCCUGCAAAAAGCCCGGCCUCACCAUGCUCCAUCUGCAUUGUCACUGGCCUCAGACCUUCCCCCAGGAAAACAAAUCCGUCCAAAACUUCGGUGUCAUUGGUGCUGCUAUAAUUCGAAGGGAGAACAAUGGCUUUCCCUUGUUCUCCACUUGGAGCUUCUGGAUGGAGAUGAGCAUGGGUUUGUUUUUCUGCACUUUUCCUUGCUUCCUGCAUAGAGGCGGCAGCAGCAGCCACUUACUUGGCUGCGUUUUCCAUAGCCAUUUGCCCUGCUCUGCCUCUGCUCUGACCCCAAGGUGGAGCGGGGAGCCGAUGGCUUUCUCUGCCUGCAGCAGACCCUCCCCACCUUCCUGCCUGUCACGGCACUGAGGAGCCUGCCUCGUUGUGCUCAAGGCUUUCAGGCCUCUUGGUUUGUGCCUGCUGUGCAGGGUCCCCAUGGAGUCCAUGCCGAUUGGUGUCACUGUUUCUGGACAGCAUCUCGCUUUAUUUUUGUGUAGGAGAGGAGUAAUUUAUUCUUUGGAAGGAGGUCAGAUCUUGCGCGGAGAUCUGAAGCUUUACAGUUUGAGAGCAGGCCGCCGAAGAUGUUUGUUUUACAUUCCAGACUCGAUCAUGUUCCCUAUUUAAGCGACGUGUGACCUCAGUGAUGAUGGAGCCUGCUGGCACGGGUGGGGGCCUGCUGGGAACCCUCACCCUCUGCUCGGCCCCUGCUCACUUCAUUUCCAAGCUCCUCCCGUGCUGCUCUAGCACUGCUGCUCCUCCUGCUCUCAGGAGCAUGUCCCUUCCUUUGCCGUCUUGGUCCCGAGAUGCAGUAUUUGCACAUUUGAUUUGUAUAUGUAUUUCAGAGGAGCUGGAAUAAACUGAGCAACGUGGCUGAGUGCGAGGACAGCAGGGUGGUCUCAUCCACCUGGAGAGCGUGGGCAGAAGGGGGAUUGCCAGGGGAAUGGUUACAGGUGGAAAUUGGCUCCCACGCUCUCCUAGCCUGGAGCAGGCUGGACUGCGCCCAUGGGCACUGUCCCGAGCCAAAUCCCUGUGUGUCGAGGCACUGGCGUGCAGCCAGCCAGUGCUGGGGUCAGUGGAGGGGGGAUCCCGGAGGGAUGCUGGCUGGGCUCAUGGGCCCUGGUGCUGCAUCUGACGUAGCCUGAGGAUUGCAGUCUGCCUUGCUCUGAGCUGAAGGGAGAACAUGGCCCUAACAUGGACAAGAGAUGCUCAGAGCAGGGCUCGCAUGGUUCCCCUGGGCUGCCUCUGCUUCCACUGACUUGCAGGAGGCUGUGGCUCUGGGGCUGAGACCCCAGAGGAGACGUGCAGGAGGGGCAGGCAGUGACCCAGGCGUGGGGCAGAGGAGCAAAUUGUAUGGAAUGGUUUGAGACCAGGCUGCAGCCAGAGGCAGCUCUCAGGACAUGGUGCUGGGUGCUGCCCACAGACUGGCGUGGGAUGUGCCCCUCAGGAGCCUCUCCUGUGUGGUGUGCCCGUAGCCAAGGAGCUUGCUCAGGGGCAAGUCCUGUCCAGCUUCUGGUCGUGUCUGCUGCUUGCCUUGUAGUCUGGGAGCAGCUUAAAGAUUCUGCUCUUCUAGGUCGCAGAAAACAGAUGCUGGGAGGCUCUUCCUUCCCUUUCCCCUUCCCAUGUCCCUUCCCCUGUCCCUCUGGCCUCCCAGCCAGACGGUCCCUGCUCCCCCCAGUACAUGUGCCCCCCCAGGAUGCUCUGUGAGGUCUCCAGCAUGGAGAGCUGGGGUUUCCAGCAGUUUUUUGAGCAUAUGCUGUGGCAGAUACUCCUUUGAAUAUUCUCCCCCAAUUUGUUUUUCCUGCUCAAGGAGCCCAAGGGACUGGAUUUCCAUGGCUCUCGCCAGGUGACAUUCCCUUUGCGGUUCCUGUGUGUCAGCCUGGACCUGGGACCAUCAUCCAUAGAGUCCCUGCCAUGGUGGCAGUGGGGAUGCCUGGGCUGGACCUGGCCGAGGUUGUGGCUGGGGAAGGGUGAGCACCCGCCCUCCGCCUUGGUGCUUGAACUGGGUCUUUAACCAGCUGCAGUGGGAGCCCUGGGGAGGUGAUGGGCCGCAUCCAUAUGCUCCAGUGAGCUGAGAUGCCAGAGGGCGGGUGGCUACAGCCAGGAGGAGGAGGGGGGUGAAGAGCCUUUGGUGUCUGUGCUGGGCUCCUCUCCACCCCUGGGGGAAGCACCCCCAUGGAGGUUUGUGAUGGCAUUAAUUUGAUUUAGUCUGUUUUAUUGAGCACUACAAAGCUACAGGGCACCUUUAUCUUCCAGCUCACUGGCUCCAGGCCCAAGGAGAGAGCAUGGCCCCUGCUCUGCUUUCCCUGGCGUCCCAGCUCCCCACCACAGCCGGGGACAGGUCCUGAUGGCAAGCUGUCCCUGCAGACCAGGGAGGUGACUCCAAGCCCUUCCCUCCACCUUGGUGGCAGUCUCCAGGCAGAAGUGCCCAGGCUGAAUAGAUGAGUGCGUGGCCCAGGGUGACUGUGGUGGGUCAGGACCACCUGCAAUUAGAAGGAAAGAGAGGAUGGGGGUUGUUUGAGCGCCAAAGGCUCCCUCUAACUCCCUGUCCCAUUUGACAUCAGUGGGGCAAGCACACCCACGGAGCAGCCCUGUGGCUGGGCGAUGGGGGUGUUCACCCCAGCCCUGGGAGCAGUGCUCAGCGCUGGGUUUCGCUCCUGGAUGCUGUUCCUUUGGCUGCCUCCCCGCGUGCACCUGCAGCCACCUCCCGCCCUCCGAAACGCUGCAGUCCUGCCAGCUCGGAGCGGUGCACGCGGGUCAGAGCAGGGUCAGUGGGACGGAUGUGAGUCUUGGCCUCUCCCUCGCAGUGACUCACCUUUUCAGCUCGGGAGGGAGAGCCCAGGGGAAUUCUCCACAGCCUAAAUAUAGAGCGGGGUUGCCUGGCGCCUCUGACGCGCUGCGGUGCAGAAAGGCCACUCGAGUGGCAGGGCACCUGCAUAGAGGGAGGCCGGGGAAGUGCAGGGAGGUCGGGGAGCCAGCUCCCGCAGCGGGGUUUUGCUCCAGCUGGUGCAGAGAGCGGGUCUGGGGAGCUGCAGGCCAGCCAGCACGUGCUGCUCCGGGGGAGAGGGGCUGCCAGAGAGCUGCUGCUGCGCUGACCGCACCAUGAGCGCGGGCUGCUCGUGCAUUUGUGGCAUACAGCCUUCCCCAGUGCCCACCACCCUGGCGUCGGGCUCCCUCCACCAGCUCACCCCGUUAGGGCUGGCCAUUGUGUGGCCUCAAGCUCACACGUGCCAAACGGAGGCACCACGGCCAGGGAUCCUCUGUGGCCCAGCGUCACUCAGCCGAGCAUCUCUGGGCUUCCAGCGUCUCCUUUUCCUGGGAGGGAGCAGCAGGGAGGCCCUGCCCUGCCGUGCUGCUUUACCCCUCGGUGUGGGCGCUGCUGAGAGAGGGGGAAGGUGUCAGGACAGGGCUAUCUAUCUGUCUGUCUGUAUCAAACAGGGGCAGGCAGGCUGGGUAUGGGCAGCACCAGGGGUGGGCAAGGGCUUCCAGACUGCCUGGCAGGGAGGCGGCCACCAUGCUGAGCUCCACCGGCACCAGCAUGGCACGUGCCAUCAGUCCAAGCGUGCAUCAGACGCAGUAUUAGAGACGUGUCCUUCGGUGCGGGCAACCCAGGCCACUGCCCAGCCCCUCCGGGCACCUGCUCCUCACACAGCCUGCACAGGGACUCGCUCCAAAGGCCGGUGUGCUCGUCGGUACUGUACCAAGCUGAGAUGCAAGAACUCAAUGAGUUUUUAAAAUUAGUUUUAGUUUCUGCGAUUUUUUUUAAUUUCCCCUCUAGGCAGGGAGGGCAAUAGUCUCGCAGGCUCCUCCAAGCCAGCUUAUGUCACAUCAAUUCAGUCAUAUCACAGAAGCAAUAAAGCUAUCAAACAAG